CAGUCGGGAAAGAAAAGGGAAAGAGAUUAUUAAUGAACAGCAAGAGAUGGCGCUUGGAAUUCCAUUGUACAUCCUGCUCAAUGCCAUGGUAUCGUUGAGUAAAGAGACAACUGUUACCGUAUCUACACCAAUUACAAGCCAACAAAGUAACUGGACAGUUAACAAAACAGAAGCUAACUACACAGAAGGGCCCAUAGCCCUGAAGUUCUCUCACCCCUGCCUUACAGACCAUCAUAGCUACUGCAUCAAUGGUAUCUGUGCAUUCCACCAUGAGCUCAAGAAAGCUAUUUGCAGAUGCACUACAGGUUAUACUGGAGAAAGAUGUGAGCACUUAACACUAAAUUCAUAUGCUGUGGAUUCUUAUGAAAAAUAUAUUGCAGUUGGAAUUGGUGUCGGAUUGCUAUUAAGUGUCUUCCUUGCUAUUAUCUACUGCUAUGUAAGAAAGAGGUAUGGAUCAAGAAGGAAUGUGGCAUGGACAGCAUUGUAUUGAAAUUCAGACCACAAAUCUGGCAGGAUCAUUCAUGACAGCAGUUCUGAUGCAUGAAAUUGAAACCUCUUUAUAAAGUCUGCUAUGGAGACAAAAGGCCAUGGUGAGAAGUGAGCAUAACAUUAUCGGUCAAAGCAGAUGUGGAUCAGAACUGAACCAAAAUUUUCCAAGGGAAUCCAGCAAAAUACCAUGCUUUGGGUGCAUGAAAAAAGAAGAGGAAUAUAUCAAACCCUUGAUAUUCUAACUUGUACUCUGAGUUCCCAUGUCAUGAGGAAAUGGACACACUCCAUUUUGACAAGACUUAACAGCACUGAUGGAGGUUAUCAUGGGAGUUCUGGAUGCAAGAGUCAUUGAUUCUCCCUAAGUCUUUUUUGGUGUUAUUUGAUGUUUUUAUUCUGAUAUGUCAAAUGUGGAUUACUGCAGUCAUUCCUGCAAGAGCCAAUCAAUUCAACACAACACACUCUUGUUUGCUAUAGAAGAGAUUUGCAUUUAAGCUAUAGGUUGGGCUACAUGGCUUCUGGGAGCCCCUCUAGCUCUGAGAAUCGGUUGUUCAAAAGUUCCAUGGCAUGUGGAUGGGAGAAAAGAGACAUUUUCACAGGACUCCCCCACUGCCAGGCCACAGUUUGGAAAAGAACUAUUGCCAUAAUUGCUCCUGAGGCUCGUUGUCAACUGGCAAAUAGAACUAGCCCCUUUGGGGUUCUUGUCUGUCCACAGUGUGGACCUACCCCCUUUAAACAAGCUACUUCUAUGGCACCUGAGAUGAAUGUGAUAACUAUUAUUAAAACAAAACCAGUGUUAUUGAGGCUCCAGUGGCCCAGGCAUGAA